GCACUGCACCACUGCAUUAGAAGUGGCUACUCACGUACCCACAGAUUACGGCACAGACAUUGGCACUGCAGAAUAUGCGAGGUACGGUAGACAUGAAAAUCACUCAUUUUGACGGCCGCCUCCUUUGGCCUUGCUGCUGCAGUUACUUGCGAUGAAUUGGCUGCUUCUCUCACCUUCGAGGAUGUUGAUGCUUCUGUGGCAUCCUGCAGCUAUCACACUGCUGGAGAAAUUAUCAAGAUCACUGGCGAACAAAGUGUCUGUUUCUCGGAGAUAGAGACAGAGAUCGAUAUGUGCAGAGUAGUUCUGAAUGUAGCCACUAGCCCUACUUCCCAUAACUACAUGGAAGUCUGGCUCCCUAGCGGUAACAGCCCCUGGAAUGGCAGGCUGAUGGGUACCUACAACGGUGGCCUUGCUGGCUGUGUCGAAUACAAGGACGUGAAGUACAUGAGCUCAAAGGGGUUCGCUGUCAUGGGUGACAACGGGGGACAUAACUCCAGCACAGCCGAUGGCUCCAAACUACUUAACGACAACGAGGCAGUGAUUGACCUCUCAUAUCGUUCAAGACAUCUCUCGACCGUCGCCGCGAAGCAAGUUGUCAAGCAGUACUACAAUCAGCCACCCAACUAUACCUACUACGUCGGAUGCAGCACUGGUGGUCGUCAGGGCCUUAAGUCGGCUCAGGAGUUCCCUGAAGAUUUUGAUGGCAUUCUUGCCGGCUCUGCUGCCGCCGACUUCAACCACUUGAGCGACUGGACAUCUAGGUUCUUACUGAUAACUGGCUUUGGCAAAGACGACAGAGCUCUGUCUCGGGACCAAUGGGUCUAUGUUCACGAAGAGAUUCUUACUCAGUGCGACGAGCCCCUGGAUGGUGUUGCAGACGGCAUCCUCGAAGACCCGACGAUUUGCGUCUUCAAUGCUACGGCUCUUCAAUGCGGACCUAGCUCCGACUCUCGUUGUCUUACUCAGACCCAGGUUCAGACCGUCGAUGACGUCUACUCUGAACUGUACGAUCAAGGCGGCAACCUUCUUUACCCCUCUCUGUCACUCGGAGCCGAGUUGGUCGCAUCUCAACAAGGACUCUUCAGUGGUUCAGUCAUCGGAAAUGCGGCAAAUUGGAUCGCAAACGCAGUAUACAACAACAGUUACUGGGACCCUACCACCCUGAGCCAGGAGACCUACACCAAAUCCGACGAGACCGAUAUUCUGCACGGAAACAUCUCGACCUGGAACGGCGAUCUCAGCUCCUUCCGUAAGGCUGGCGGUAAGCUGAUGAUGUAUCACGGUCUUGCCGACCCCAACAUCGCCGGCGAGAACUCCCAACGAUACUACCUCCACGUUGCCAAAACUAUGGGCGCAACCGAUGAAGAGCUUGACAAAUUCUUCCGCUUCUUCCGUAUCUCGGGCGGCGACCACUGUAGCUCUGGAGGUGUAGGCGCUUGGGCUUUCGGACAAAUUGCUGCUGGUAGAUAUGGUCGCCAUAACGCCAUCGAUCAAUUGGUGGCAUGGACUGAGAAGGGCAUCGCUCCUGAGACCAUCACUGGAACCAAGUUUGUCAACGACGACCCUAACCAAGGUGUUGCCUUUGAACGCAGUCACUGCAAGUUUCCUUAUCGUACUACCUACAAGGGAAAUGACUUUGAUCCCAAUGUCACUACCAGCUGGACUUGCGAGAAGAUCAACAACUGGCAGGAAUGUGGUCCUGGUGCACUUCCCAGACUUUGUUAGACACCUCGUUGUUUCACAUCGAGGCUCCUCACAUUGUGCUAGCUGGAUGGACUCAUGAUCGAUCAAAUGAUAAUGCGGUUUAUAAUCUCUGAUAUAGUAGACUUCACUUCUCGCAACUUGACUCCCUCUCGAAUUUGUUCGGCCUCCACCCAAAUCGACUUUGCCAUGCGACAGUGAAGUUUUACCGUGACAGAACGAAUACGGAAUACCAGAUCAGGCACCCAUCCUAACCAAGAGCCGCUUGUUUCACAUUGAUUGAUCGCCAAGAUGUGCAUAUGCAAGCCUCACAUCUGGACGUCCAUGCUCUAUCUCGGAAGCUUAGUGCAGUCUAAUAAUACCUCG